UUUAGAUCUAUAGAAACUGAAAUUGACAACGAACUAGAAAAUGAACUAGAAUAUGAUGAUUUAAAUAACUAUGAAUCUGAUGAUGAUGAACCUAAAAUAGUAGAUUUACUUGCUAAUGGUAAAGAUGUUGAUAUAACUGAUAAGAAUAUAAAACUUCUCAAUAUUAUAGAAAAUGAAUGUCCAAAUGAAUUUUUAAUGCGCCGUGCUUAUUUUCAAUCUUUAUCUAAAAACAAGCAGGAUAUUUAUCUUAUGGCACAAAUACUUGCAUUUGAUGGUGGUUUUAUAACAACAAGUAGAUCAAAUAAAAAGCAUAAUCGCCAAAAUAUGAUAACUUUUUGGCGAUAUAAUAAUAACAUUUUACUUUGUAAAAAAGUUUAUAAACAUAUGCAUGGUAUUUCUGAAACUCGUAUUAAAAAUAUUAAAAGACAUCUUAAAGAUAAUGGGCUUAGUAUACGACAUCAUGGAAAUGAAGGAUUCCAGGAUUUUAUUAAUAACUAUGCAGAAGUACAUGGCUUACCAUCACCUGGCCGCCAUUUAUGUCAAGAUACACAUCAAACUAUUUAUCUUCCCACACAAUCUACAUUUUGCCAUUUAUGGAAUAUUUAUACACCAGAAGUUCAAAUCAUGUUACCUCGAUCAGAUCUUUGUGAAGUUUGUCAGUGCCUUAAAUUUGAAAUUUCACAUAAUUAUGGUGAUACAGGUGUUAAAAUUAAUGAAUAUCUUGCUCAUAUUAAUUUAGCUC